CCCGUGCAGCAGGGCUCGCGCCGUUAACGGAGCGGCGGAUCGCGGACGUGUGAUCACGCGUUUGUUUCUCCCGAUCAAAAUAUCCACCAGAGCCCACGUUCAGUUUAACGACAGUUCGGCGAUAUCUGGAUUACGAUGGCUCACGCGGGUUCGUGAGGAGAGCGUUGUCGUUCGCGGAAGGUACUCGGGGCACAGUUCGUAAACUGUGUGUGGAAGUGACGUUCAGCCUUUCGUUUGUGUAUGUGAUGGAGGGCUUUCCUGUCCAUUGACGCUGCGGCACUGCCCUGCAGUCAUGUCUGCAUGCAACACCUUCACUGAACAUGUGUGGAAACCAGGGGAGUGCAAAAACUGCUUUAAGCCCAAGAGCCUUCACCGGCCUCCAGAGCAAGCCAAUGCUGCCAGUGAGAGCAAGACAAACAUCAGUGCCAAACUCACAAACAGCCAGAGGAGCAUUUCCUCAUCCCGUGCAGGGCAGGUCCGCCCACCUGUCGCCAAGAAGCCUACUAUUGCAGUAAAGCCUACCAUGAUGCUGCCAUGCUCCCCACCAGGGUUGGACUCGGAGGGAAAUGUGCCAAGGCUUACAGGAGCGCAGGUCACUAAAAGCUCACCUUUCACUGUGUGGAACCAAAACAGCCUGAACAGCUCAAGACCCACAGGGACAAACAACAACCAAGGGGAGGAUUUGGUCAGGCAAGCAGAGGCACAUGGUGCAAUUUCCCCGCAGCCAACUAGCAGCAACAACAACGGACUGACGGAUGUGCUAAAAGAGAUUGCUGGCCUGGGACCUUCUCCAAGCUCAAGUAGAGAUGACUUCUUUGGCCGGAUCUGCAGUUCAUACCGGCGCUCAUUAGAGAGGGGCCUUCCAGCAUCAAACUGUAUCCAUGCUGGGAGUAGUGGUAGAGGAGCAAUGAAACGUGUUUCCCUCAGUGACAGUGCAGAGGUCAUCAGUUCUGAGGGAGGACGUUUCUGUUAUCCAGAAUUCUCCAGUGAUGGUGAUGAUGAGGAGGAUGAGAGUGGUGAUGAGGAUGACGACGAUGGAGAGCAUGACAGUUGGGAUGAAAGUGAUGAGGAGUUGCUAGCAAUGGGGAUACGAAUGCGGGGUCAACCUAGGUUCGCCAACUUCCGUGCAGCUACACUGUCCCCGGUUCCCUUCGCUGUAAGGAAGAAGUGGAAUACAGUGCCUCUACGCAACCGCUCACUGCAACGGUUCUGUGCAGUGGAUUACGAUGACAGUUACGAUGAGAUUCUCAAUGGAUACCCAUCUGUUGACUCAAAUGGAGCUCCUGUUCUUUUGUCAUACACCUCUGACCACCAGGGUAGUGGCUUUUUGUCCACUUCUGAGUCCACCACCUCACCCGAGUCCUUGAUUUCUCUGCCCGAUGAAUCCUGCGCUGGCAGCAGUAGGGGCACUGGUGACCAGAGAAAUGGUCUUCCUUUCCCACCUAGCAAAGAACCGUCAGCCAAAGGACUGAGUUUGCCAAAACCCAGUGAAACGCAUAAAGCUGUUCUAGCCAUCCGACUGGAAGAACAAGACGACGUUCAGAGAGAGGGUGUGGCUCUCCCACAAGCUCUUCCAGGCCAGCCAAUCACAAUCAGCUUCAGUCCAACUGAGGAGCAGGCCAAGCCUUAUCGAGUAGUGAAUCUCGAGAAGACUCCUUUCUGUAAGCCCUAUACAGUGGUGGAUGUGUCUGCCUCUAUGGCCACUAAAGAUGAACACACUCACUCAAGUGAAAGCACUCCAAAGUCAAGUGGGCCCAGUGUUGUGCUUUGCCCUUCUGCUGAAACCUGUCCUGUCUCACCCACCUCGCCUCAAUGUGUGGUGCGCUCCAUGGCGACAUGA